CACUGAUCUGUGUGUGUGUGUGUGUGUGUGUGUGUGAGUGUGAGUGAGAUGAGGUUUUUUUGAUGGCCUAUAUUCUGGCGAGGGGGCGGAGGUUUGAUGUGUAUAAAAGACGUCUCAGAGUUGCCUUCUCUCCACAGCAGCACCUGCUAACAGGUUGAAACUCUCAGACUCUCUCUGCGACCUGAAACGACUGAGAUACACCUAUCCACCUGUACUAUGAAGCGCAACACCGCCACUGUUGCCUCCUUCCUCCGUCCCGCUGCAGCUGCAGUUCUCCUCCUGCUUUUCUUUGGCUGGGAUGAACAGGCUUGGGCACAUCCUGUGGACCGUCCACUCAGCCCGGUGCUCAGACAUCCGCAGACCUACCAGGACGUCCGGCAAGUGUCAGAACAUUAUCAGAGGAUCCAGGCAAAAGACGACGAGGACGACACGAGUAUGAGAACGAUACCCAAAGUUGAUACUAACGAUCACCAUUUGGAGAUCUGCUGCCUGCACGCCAACAUCCUGGACUAUUACCUGACCAACAUCCUGCACCACACCAACAACGACCACGCCCACGUGCACCGGCUGAAGACCAACCUCCACCGCAUCAGCACCGACCUGCAGGCCCAUGGCUGCAAUGUCACUCAGUACCACGACCACAAAAAUGCUGUGGAUUUUCGCACCAAGCUUGAGAAGAUGGAGAAGAAGAAAGGCAUCACCAAAGCGAUCGGCGAGCUUGACAUCCUGUUCAGCUACCUGCAGGACUACUGCGUGGAGCCGAGGAACAGCACUGCCGCCUAACACCGCCAUAUCACCAAGUUUUAUACCAGCAGCUUUUAUACGUCUAUUUAUUCAUUUAUUUAAUUUGAGGGCAUAUUUAACAUUUUAUAAAUAUACAGUUAAAAUAUUUGAGUUGAUUUAUUUAUUGAUGAUCAUAACAUGUAUUGACGAUUUUUUAAUGCCGGUGUUGUGCCAACAGGUGUUGUGCCAAAAAGUGAUUGCCUGCCAAAAACUGAUUUCCAAUGUUUCCGUGUAUUUUUUAUGUGUAAUAUCUUUACGUGUGUUGGUAAAUAGACUUCGGUGAACAGCUUUUACAAAGGGGUUAUAUAUAGAAUUAAAAAAUUAUCUGCUUUUUCAAGUAUUCUUACAAGUCUGUGUUAUUGUACUUACAUUAUAACCAAUCCGGUCCUUUAUCCCCACUUAAAAUAUUUUUACAAAACUAUUGUAAUAUUUGCUGCCAUUUCUUCUGUCCUCUUGGCCAACUUACUCUUACAAAAGACAUUUUUAAUGUUAAUGACAUUUUUAUAUAACCUUUAUUUAUGCAGUUAAAGUCGCUGCCAAAAACUGAUUGCGCCUUCUACCUUGUUACACAAACGUUGUUUGUGGCUCAGUAUGACUUUGUGUCAUCCAUGAGGGAUGCAUUUGACAUAUGUUUCAUGUUAUAGCCCAACAAGUUACUUACAGCAGUUUAAAUACGAGCAAUCAGUUUUUGGCAAAUACCGGAAAUCAGUUUUUGGCAGGCAAUCACUUUUUGGCACAACAUCGGCCGUGAAAGGACUCUGGCGUUGCUCACGUUGCCAUGUUAUGGCUGAUUGUUACAAAAGCUGUUACAGUAUUUAAAUGCUGAUUUUGUUGUUGUUGGCUGUAAUGAACUGUAUUUUAUAGAUUUUGAAAUAAACAUUUUUAAGAUUUUA